CAUAAUGCAACAGCGUCAUAAGCCAUUAGCCUGGGAAAGUACGGAACUGUCUGAAAUGCGCCUUAGUUUCGUUUUCGGUUUUUAUGCUGAGUAACUAGACGACAUGGCUUCUAUGGACAUUUGCCUCGACUCCAAGAAACAGGUGGAUGGCUUCUGUCAGAAGCUCACCAAGGAGGCAGAGGAGCUGGUUUCCAAAUUUUUCCCCCAGAAGCUUGAGGAGCUUCAGAUGCUGCUGAAGACGUCCUUCAGCUGUGAGGACCUGACGUCUCUGAAGGCUCCGCUGGACAUCCCCAUCCCCGACCCCGCUAAAGAGGAGGCCAAACGCAAGAAGAAGGAGGAGAAGGAGGCGAAGGAGGGAAAGAAAGACAAGGACAAGGACAAGGAGGAGGAAGAGUCAGGGCCUCCCUGUGGUCCCAUCUGCUGCAACGAGCGGAUCGAGAGUCUGCUGCAGGAAGUGAAGCCUCAGAUCCAGACUCUGAAGGAGAAGCUCAACACGGUGUCAAUGUGGGUGCAGCUCCAAAUUCCCAGAAUUGAGGAUGGUAACAACUUUGGAGUGGCUGUGCAGGAGAAAGUGUUCGAGCUGCUGACCAACACGCGCACCAAGAUCGAGGCGUUCCAAACUCAGAUUUCAAAAUACUACAGUGAGAGAGGUGAUGCUGUGGCCAAAGCCUCCAAACAGCCACACGUGGGAGACUACAGACAGCUGGUUCACGAGCUCGACCAGUAUCAGUACCGUGAGCUCCGCCUCGUGGUUCUGGACAUCCGCAACACAUAUGCUGUGCUGUUUGAUAUCAUUAACAAGAACUACGACAAGAUUAAGAGACCCAGAGGAGACGGGAAAGCUCUCAUCUACUGAGAGCGACGCCAGCAAACUCUCCCUCACUGGCUUUCUAGGAUACAACCAGUGUUUUAUGACACUGUCUUAAAGUAACGGGACUCCCCCUGUGGUAGAAACGGCUUCUUCUUACUGGGCUGCAGUUUGGUUUCACAUGACAAAAUAAAGCAACAUGAUUCUGGUA